GUGUAGGUGAUGGAGGAGUAGGUGAUGGAGGUGGACAUUAUAGAGUUCAAAGCGCCGACGGAAAGCAACAAAGCUCUCUUCAUAUGGGACCUCCAGGCCGGCUACAGCCACGCCUACAUCUAUGAGAGGGUGUUCUCUGCGUUCUCCUCCUUCGGACCCCUCUUCCUGGUCAAGGUGCUCCCCAACUCUCCCUCUGUGUCUCCUGGCUUCUACUCGCUGGUGAAGUUCUACUGCUCCAGACACGCCCUGCAGGCCCAGAGAUCUACUGAUGGAACCCUCCUGUUCCAGAGCACUCCUGUCAAGGUAAGACUCAGUACCCGACAGGCUCCCUUCCUCCAAUUUGACAACCACUCCCGCUGCCUGGAACUGGCCAAUCACUGCCUGGGCUUCAACGGCUGGUCCACACGCAUCAUUAAUCUGAAAGUGUUGCCUUCUGAUUCUCUGGAAGAGAGGCAGGGCCAUGAGGCCAGUGGGAGGAGCCAGGAGGUAAGUGGGAGGAGCCCGAAGGUCAGUGGGAGGAGCAAGACGACGCUGCGCUACAGGUGUUUACUGGAGCUGUCGUUUCCCCAACACAACGUUUCAUCAAGAGAAGUGGCCGUCAUAGAGGAGACCUUCUCCCUGUCUGGUGAAUGA